GGGCAUUUAUUUUCCAACGCUAUAUAAGACCGAAGACCACGUCCUCACCUCUUAUACGUCUCUAACGACCACCAAGAAUACAGCAGCAAUGAUGUUGAUGUUGAUCGCGGCAGUGUUCGUGCAAGUCUUCCUGACCACCGGGCAUGCAAUGUCAGUUACAGGAUUGGAUGACAAUGUAUCGGCUAUGGAGCAACUUCUGACCAUGGUUCCUGAAAGGACAACCGAUAACUUUCCUUUGAAGGAAAUGUACCAACAACUGCAGAAGCAAUUGAAGAUUCUUGAAGUCGUGUACCAACAGCAGCAGAAGCAAUUGAAGAUUCUUGAAGACAUGAACCAACAGCAGCAGAAGCAAUUGAAGACUCUUGAAUACAUGAACCAACAGCAACAGAAGCAAUUGAAGCUUCUUGAAGAACGAAUAGAACGAAAAGAACAACGCAAUGGACCCAGUGAUUAUGCCACUACUGUCAACGUCAAUACAUCGGAAGUCGUUGUUGGCUCGCAAGCAUACUCUAAACUUGGCAGCGUGGUCUUUACGGCAUUGAAAGUAGCUGGUGUAGCCCACAUUGGUGAGAAUCAAAGGAUAACGUUUGAAAAAGUCAUCCUGAACGUAGGGAAUGCCUAUAGCGCAUAUAGCGGGAUUUUCAUCGCACCAACCUGCGGGGUCUACAUGUUUUCGGUUACACUGGCAGUUGGCACUAACAGUUUUUAUGCGGCACUCGUUUCUACCAAGGGGGCGAUAGCGUGGAUCUAUACUAAUCAAGCAUACUCAACUGCCUCCAAUACGGUCUUCGUCAACCUCGCUGCAAAUGAUCACGUGUGGGUGCAGAACAUGAAGUACAACAAUCGCGUAGUGUAUGGUGAAUUGAUCAGCUCGUUUACUGGCAUUUUGGUUGCCUAGAACUGGUACAGGAAGAAAACACAACUAAGGACCCGUUUUCAUAAAGCAAUCUUUACUUCUAUACACGAUUUAAUAUUUCUGUUUCUUCUUCAGUGCUACCAAAUUUUACAUCUUGCAACGCGCCUAGAGAAGCUUAUAAAUUCAAUCAAAUUAUUUGUGGCGAAUCAAUACGUUAUAAGUUUUGUCUUUGCCGCUUUAAUAGGCUACUGAUUUAUGUUUGUUUAAUGGUCCAGACAUUUAAGUAACAUUAACAUGUGUCAACCGAUCUGAAAUUAAAAAAUCCUGUAUACCUUACAAACAAACUUAAGAAUUUGAAUUCCUGCUUGUCUAAAUGCUUAAGUUGCUUAAGUUGCCCCUGAGGAGCUUUGUGAAUACGGAUCAUGUGUUUGGUUUGAUGAUAGCUUCUAUAACGCAUCUAAUACAUGAUAAACUUAUGUACUUUACUGCUUUAUAUAAAAUACAUACAAUUAUAGUAUAGUGUAUGCUAACUUAUUGGUGUUUACUAGGGAAUGGUAAAGGAAAACGACUGUUCAAAUUAUGGCGUCAUGGCAUGAGUACAUAAAGGCAGUUGCACGGUUUUCAAAAAGUCACUUUUUGCUGGUCAAAAUUUAUUGUAUUGUUCAAUUCUUGAAGAAAUCUGUAUUUCUGUAUUUCACUGUGUAAUUUGUCUUUUUUAUAACCAUUUAUAUAUGAAAAAAUAAAACAAACAUUCUUUA